AUGUGAACCAUAACAUGUGCCACAAUUAGGAACUAUCAACUCUCACCCGGAAGUGAUCUGUGUAGUGAGACCUUAAGAUGACUGAUACUUGUUCCAGAGUACUUCAAUUUGAGAAGUUUUUGAAUGAAACAUUAAAGGAAGAUCUUAGAAAAGCAUUAGAGGCUAGAGAUAAAAUAUUUAGCCAGAUUUCUGAAUAUUUGCAACUAAAAACAGUGAUUGAAAGACUCAAGGAAACUAACUUAUCCAACAGUGAACUGAAAACGAAGACCGACAUUGGAUGCAACUUCUACAUUCAAGCUAAAGUUCCAGAUCCAUCACACAUCUUCGUGGCAGUUGGUCUUGGUGUUUUUGUUGACUUCACUUUAGAUGAAGCAUUGUUGUUCAUAAACAAGAAAACAGCAAGACUGACGGAGAGUACAGACUCUCUCACCAAAAAGAUUGCACAGAUUAAAGCUCACAUCAAGCUGGUGCUCGAGGGUUUGCGGGAGCUGCAAAACCUUUCUGGAGAAGUUGAUAAACCAAUGAGAGACGUAUUUUAAAGAUAAUGGCAUCAAAUGUGGUUCAGUACGUUGUUUUACGUCGAGACCUGGCAACAGUGUUAAAAUGGCCAACUGGGGCACUGAUUGCACAAGCAUGUCAUGCCUGUACUGCAGUGAUGCAUCUGCAUUAUAAUGAUGAAGUU